UUAUGUUUUGAGCGUCGUUUUUCUAUGUUGUCUGAUGAUAAUUCUGUUUUUAAGCAGCGUCGAAGGGGCAUCAUGUAGCGUCCGAGUAGUGGCCGAGGCCAGAGAGGAUUUUGUCGCUCUACGAGACAAGACUUUUACUGCCUUUAGAAAGGAAUGCCGUGGGAAGAACGGAGUCGAGCGAACAUCAGAUUGCAGUUCCUGCUCGUUCAGCACUGAGCCGGCCAGCCCACCUAGGUUUGAUUUCGUCCUGCGGCCAAUCAUCCCGCCGUUUCGUUUGGAAUUCACGGUCAAGGCAAACGCGGACGCCUUGGUAGCUCUGGCAGAAAGCCAAACAAAAGGGUCCAUCUUUGCCGAGAUAGGAAUCGGCGGCUGGUCAAAUUCCAAAUCAUCAAUUAGAGCCUGCUAUUCACAGAUAUGCCCAGCAUUGCUCGGAGACGAUGCUGUACACGAUGAGACAGGCAUCAUCAGUGACGUGGAAAGUCGACCCUUCUGGGUCGAGUACAAAGGGGGCGUGGUGACUGUCGGCAAGGGGGGACAGACGGAAGCUUUCAUGGAGUGGGACGCUAAGGCGUACCACAUGAAAUCACCCGUUCCUGUGCACGUUGGAAUUUCUACCUUCCGCUUUUGCCAUGGCAGUUGGACAUUUUACCAGUUUUGUCCAUAAUUUUUGCUUAUUUAAAUGAAGCAA